AGCAAAAUGCUCAAUACCGGAAAAUUCCUCGGUAAAACAAUUUUGAUAACUGGCGCUUCACGUGGGAUUGGUAAAGAAAUUGCAUUAAAAUUAGCAAAAGAUGGGGCAAAUAUUGUAAUUUGUGCAAAAACGGCUCAAGAACAUGCAAAACUUUCUGGAACAAUUUACAGUGCAGCAGAGGAAAUUAAAAAGAUUGGAGGAAAGGCAUUGCCUCUUCAAGUAGAUGUACGAGAAGAGGCACAGGUUCAGGAUGCUGUUGAAAAAGCGGUUCGUGAAUUUGGAGGUAUCGAUAUUUUGGUUAACAAUGCGAGUGCUAUUUCAUUGACUGGAACACUUGAUACAUCUAUGAAGAAAUAUGACCUUAUGCAUCAGGUCAAUAUACGAGGAACAUUUCUUGUGUACGGUUUUUUGAUUAUUUAUAUUAAUUUAAAAUGGAUUUUAAAAAAUUUUUGCGUGUAG